GGGCGAUGGGGGCGCGGCCGGGCGCGGGCCCAGCGGGCUGAGCUCGCCCCGCGGGGGGCUCCCGCGGCCCUUAAAAGGAGUGCGGAGGAGCUUGGCGGCCCCGCCCGCCGGCUCUGCGGCCCCUCCUCCGCGCCGCGUCCCGCCGGGCCGCGGGAACGCAGCCGCCAGCGCUGGGCUCCGGUUCGGGUCCGAGGCGCGGAGACCCACGGCGUCCGCCCAAGGGUGCCAGGGCGGUCGCUCCCGAGGGCUCCGACGGGCGGGUGCGCACUCGGGGCCCGUCGGCCCAAGACACGUGUCGCACUCCCCAGUGUCGCCAUGUCCUCGGUGUUCGGAAAGCCCCGCGCGGUCAGCGGGCUGCAGAGCGCGCCCCUCGAGGUCAACCUAGCCAUCCUGGGGCAUCGUGGGGCGGGCAAGUCUGCCCUGACCGUGAAGUUUCUGACCAAGAGGUUUAUCAGCGAAUAUGACCCCAACUUGGAGGACACCUACAACUCUGAGGAGACUGUGGACCACCAGCCUGUCCAUCUGAGGGUCAUGGACACUGCAGACCCGGAUACCCCCAGGAACUGCGAGCGCUACCUGAACUGGGCCCAUGCUUUCCUGGUAGUUUACAGCCUCGAGAGCCGCCAGAGUUUUGAGGGCAGCAGCAGCUACCUGGAGCUGCUGGCCUUGCACGCCAAGGAGACACAGCGCAGCUACCCCACUCUGCUGCUGGGCAACAAGCUGGACAUGGCUCAGUACAGGCAGGUCACCAAGGCUGAGGGUGCAGCUUUGGCCAACAGGUUCGGGUGCCUGUUUUUCGAGGUCUCUGCUUGCCUGGACUUUGAGCACGUGCAGCACGUCUUCCAUGAGGCAGUGCGGGAAGUGCGGCGGGAGCUGGAGAAGAGCCCCCUGGCCCGGCCACUCUUCAUCUCCGAGGAGAGGGCCCCUUCCCACCAGGCCCCACUCACCGCCCGGCACGGGCUGGCCAGCUGCACCUUCAACACUCUCUCCACUGUCAGCCUGAAGGAGAUGCCAGCUGUGGCCCAGGCCAAGCUGGUCACUGUGAAGUCAUCCCGCGCCCAGAGCAAGCGCAAAGCUCCAACCCUGACCCUACUGAAGGGCUUCAAGAUCUUUUGAGAGCCCCUCCUCAGGAACCCUGGGCUUGGCUGCUGGGCAGAGCUGCAGAACAGGGGCUGGCUUGUCACCACCAGUUUUUCCUCUGAUGCACCAAUGGCCCUCACCCUCUGGUGGACAGCUGGCCCCACCUCCAGCACGAAGCAGUGACCCUACAUUCAGUAGUUCACUGUAUGAGUUGGAGGGACAGGUAGGGAUGCUGUUUCUUUGCCCUCCAGACCUUGGUUUUCAUGGUCACCACUACAUCCAUGACCCUGGAGGGAAACAGCUACUGCGACAGCCCAGAAACCUGGAGUCAGCCUUGAUCAGGAAUGUCCAUCCUGCUGCCAGGACCCCUGCCUUCCCACUGUGGACCCUAGUGGAUGGACAGCUCCGAGAGGCCCUGUCCAUUUGAAAGCUAAGAACAGUCUGCAGGAGGGAUGGUCCUGCGAGCCUGGCACCACCUGGUGGAAGGGAACAGAAGAGCGGUUGCUCAGAGGCCAGAGCCUGGCCCUGCCACCAUCAUCUUCGGACCUCACAGAAGCCCCAGGCAGCAAACCCUGGAGUUUUUCUGAAGACAAUUUAGUUAAAAUAAUUCUGUAGGAAAGCUUGGACAGGGAAGAGUCCUAGGCAGAGGUAUUGCCAGCACUUUGCCUUUCCAUGAGGGUCAAAGGGAGGGGGCUGUGGGUCGCCUGGUGGAGGGAGACUCCAGCACUCUUCCCAGCUUUCAGGGUCUUCUUGUCCCACCUUUGUUAAAGACUCUGUUCACAGACACUCAGGACCAGCUUCCUCAAGUUGAAUGACCAAAACUGCAGGACAGAGUUCUCUCCAGUGACAGUUCCCCAGGGCCCCAGGGAGUUCACAGCUGGUAGGAUCAGCUGCCACCUGGUGGACACUGUUGGCCUGCCCACUCAUAGAUGGAAACAGCAUACCUGUUUGUAGUCUGGCUUGGCAGGACCCAGGACUCCCAGCAGUGGGUUGGAGACAGAACCUAGAGCAUUUGGGGUUAAUGAAGCAGAUUUUUGCAUAAAUCGUGGUGUUGCCACUGAGCUUAUGCCACAACACCAUGGCUCAGAUCUGGGAUCAGGAUACUCCUGGGGAUCUCACUGUUAGCAAGAGAAGGCUCUCAGAGGCAGGGAGUGCAGUUGUUUCCUAACUUUGCUUACCAUGAACCCUCAGCAGAUAAGCAGGUACAGGAGAGGACUCUGGGGGGUGGAAGAGCCAACAGGGGAUUCCGACCCUGGAAUUCUGCUCCUUCCCCUCUCAGCCAGCAGUCCCAGGAGCUUGGAUUGGAAACAUCUCUAACAUAGUCUUCAGCCCCACUCCCAAAAUGGAGAAGUUGAAGUUAGGGGGAGUCCAUGAAUACUCAAGAUGGCAUACUGAGGGUCCUGGUCAGGGUUCCUGACCCACAGGCCAGCUAGGGAUUUUACACUUUCACUCCAAGCCACUUGUGUGUUUGUGGACCACCACCAUUUGAACAAACUGUGCACUUCCAGCUGCCCACUCCCAGAAGCUUUUAAUAAAAUAUUAUUUAAAUAACAAAUUUUAGUUUGAUUGCAGUUCAGUCAUUGUAUCUGCUAAUAAAAACAUUAGACUUCCUAGGGGAUACUAAAACCAGAGAAGUUCCAGGCCACUGAGCUGAGCUCAGGUCAGGAGCCCAUGCCUGGCUGGGGAUGGCACAUACUCUGAGCACUUACUGGCCCUCAGUUUCUGGUGGAUCUGGAAGCAGGACCAUUGAGGCAUCCUUCUCUUUUAGCUCAGUUCCCACCUGGGCCGAGUUUGGAUUUCCUGAGAGCAGCCCCUCUGUUAGGUUAUUGAGGCUGUUGUUUUCUUUGGUUCUGGACUCAUCCAAAUGCAGGACCUCUGAUGUGUCCUUUUCUUGUGGCUGCAUCUUUCGAUUUCUGGGAGGGGAGGAAACAGUAUUGUUCAGAGAUGCUGCGGAGUUGGAGCAAGACUGGCUCUCCCCAGUGAGUUAGAGAAUUUGAGGGGGAAACCCAAUGUGCAGUCUGGGAGCUGUUUGGGAGGAGUGGUUGUGGUUUGACAUCCCUUCAAUAAGCACCUUAUACUUGCAUGUGCAUCAUAUCAAAUCCUCACUGCUACCGGUGAGCCCAGCUUUUAUUACAUCCCCCCUUACAGAUGAGGAAAUGUAGCUUAAAGAGACCAAAGGAGGUUGGGUGCAGUGGUGCACACCUGUAAUCCCAGUGGCUUGGGAGGCUGAGGCAGGAGGAUUCCAAGUUCAAAGCCAGCCUCAGCAACUUAGCAAG